AUGCGUGUGGAAACCUGCCACUUCUGCUCUCGCCCCGCCUUCCCAGGGAAGGGCAUCACCUUCGUGCGCAAUGACGCCCGCCAAUUCCGCUUCUGCCGGUCCAAGUGCCACAAGAACUUCAAGAUGAAGCGCCAGCCGCGCAAGCUGAAGUGGACCAAGAGCCACCGCGCCGCACGGGGCAAGGAGAUGAUCGUCGACUCGUCGCUGGUGCUCUCGCAGUUCACCAAGAAGCGCAACGUCCCCGUCAAGUACGACCGCAACCUGGUCGCCGCCACCGUCAACGCCAUGCAGCGCGUCGAGGAGAUCCGCCAGCGCCGCGAGCGUGUGUUCACCAAGCGCCGUCUGGCCGGCAAGCUGGCCCGGGAUCGCCAGCGCGAGGCGGAUCGCCGCGUUGUCGCCGAGGGCGAGCAUCUGAUUCGCAAGGAGCUGCGCGAGCGCGAGGAGGGGAUGCCAAUGGUUCCCGAGCAGAGCAAGACGGCCAACCGCGUGCAUGGCGAGGAGAGACUGCGGCAGAAGAAGAAGACGAAGCUCUUGGUCGAUGGUGGUGUUCAGGAGGAAAUGGAUAUCGAUUGA